AUGCAGAAUUCACAAGGAGGAUGGGCCUGUAAAAGAUUUAAAUCUCAGAGAUACCUACACCAGAAAAAGAUGAGAGCUAAUAACAAAAAGCGGACAGGAAGCACAGAGAAUAAGGAAACGGCAAUAUUUCGAAAUGAUGAGCUUCCUAGACCCCUUAUUAUUAUUUAUUGCGGAACUGAGGGCAAUUAUCAAGAAUGUGACGAUCUCGAAAGUACUAAUGAUCUACAAGGUGAAGACUCUUCAUACCUGUCACCCCCUACGACCUCUGACAGAGAGACGCCUGUUCGUGAUGUACCAAGAACCUCGUCCUCUGGUCGGCAGACACCUGUAUCGGGCGUUUCUCGACCAUUGUCCCCGGGUGGGCAGAUGCACGAGUCUGAAAUUCAAAGGGGCUCCAAGAAGAGACGGCCAAAUAUACCAUCUAACGAGCGAUCAGAAAAUAUGGAAGCCCUGAAGCGCUCAACCGAUGCUAUAGUCACUCGCAAACCGAAAGAUGAGUGUAUGGUAUGGGCGGAAUCAAUUUGA